AUGGCCGCUGAGAAACAUCUACAUCUUGCUGGAAUCGGAGUGGGCCACUCAAUUGCGCCGCCGAUGCACAAUUCCAUAGCCAAAUCAUUGGACCUUCCCUGGAUGUUUUACAGCACAGAAUGCCCAACUCUCGAAAGUGUCAUAUCACUCGCACGAGACGAGCAGACCGUUGGACUUGUUGUAACUAUGCCGUACAAAACUUCCAUAUUGCCGCAUGUCGACGCUAUCGACGAAAUAGCAAAGACGAUUGGAGCAUGCAAUCUGGUCUAUCGCGAUCCUGGCAAGCCUCAGCAACUGCACGCCUCAAACACAGAUUGGCUUGGAGUGAAAGGAUGCCUACUGGAAAAGAGCCCUAAAGGAAGACCGGUCCUUAGUAAACCCGCACUGAUUGUUGGCGCUGGCGGAGCAAGUCGAGCGGCACUCUACGCUCUCACAGUAUUCUUCCAAAGCUCGACAAUCUAUGUGCUCAACCGAGAUGAUGCAGAAGUCGAAGCGCUGGUGAAUGAUGCAAAACGUCUACCACGAGAGAUCGACAUCAUCCACGUUCGGCCUGGACAGAGCCAGACAUUGCCGACGCCAUACUACAUCGUGGGCACUGUACCCGACCUUGAGCCGCGCUCGUCAGAGGAGAGAUCACUCAAGGCGUCGCUUGAAGAGUUCCUCUCACGGCCGGAGAAAGGCGUGCUUCUGGAUAUGUGCUUUAAGCCGCGUCGCACAAGGACAAUCAAGCUCGCUGAAAGACUUGGUUGGUCUACAGUCGAGGGCACUCACGUCAUUGGUUAUCAAAUAGAGGAACAGUGGCGGCACUGGGCAGGUGACGAAAGAUCUCAGCACCUUGACAAGCAACAGGCCCGGCAAACUCUCCUGCGCAGCGCAGAGUCGAGUCCCGCGAUCAAUGGCUAG